UUUAUUAUAGGCAUUUCCCACGUCUAACACUUAUGGAAAUUGGUGAAUGGUAUAACUUGGAUUCCAUGGAUGGACGUAGGAGACAGCAAUCCCAUUAUGAGGUUGGAAACGAGUCCAGAAAUUCCACAGGAUAUAAUCUACAUUCAGAUUACCACAAAGACAGUGACCAUACUGAAUAUCAGGUUCAGUUUGCUGGCAUAAUUGAAGAUAUUCAGGUGCAUGUAGAUAUUACAAACAGAACAGAGGUCCUAAGAAUGAUAGAUCGUGGGAAGAUGGACAAGAUGAUUCCACUGGUGCUGUCUGUGGAUAGAAAAGCCAUUCUUAGUUUAUGUCGGUAUAACAUGAAAUUAAUGUACAGAGAACAUGGCACAGAAAAUCUGAUCAUACGAAUUCCCAUCCAUGAAAUAGCAGCAGUCUGUUAUGUGAAUGAUGAUGGCAUACACAUUUUGGCUAUCAAAUAUGGAAACCCUGAGAGGUGUUCACUGUUAGUGCUGUACUGCGACAGCCCAGCGCGAGCAGAGAGAGUUUGUUCUGAUGUGGCGCAAUGCUUCCAGCUUAUUUACACAGAUGCAGUGGUUAAACUUUUAGAAGAUGCCAUCUGUAAAGUAGAAAAUUCAUCCACAGGAUCGCCCACCAUAAAUGACAAUAGUCGGAAGUAUUCAUUGGAUAGCCAGGACAACCCUGGCAUUUCUCAGUCACAUCCGAACCUUGCAGAACAGAGGCAUAGAGACAGUGGGUCUGUACACAGCAUGCACAGUGGCCAUAGCGUUCAAACAGAACUCUUGAGAUCAUACUUGGAGCAACUGAGAAAUAAAUUCACUGUGGAUGAACUUGCGAAAUUCUCCACCCUACUGAAAAAAAUCAAUGACCCCUCCCCCAAAAAAUCCAGUGAGCUCCAGGCAGUUUUCCAGGAGGUUUAUCAGCUGUAUGGCAAAGAAAGAAAGAAUCUCUUAACUGGUUUGUGCCCUUUCAUUUAUGAGAAGCAUUAUGACAAAUUCUUGGAUUUUCUGAAGAAGCAAGGCAUUGUAAUUCCUGACAAUGGAACAUUAUCUAGUCGCCACAGUUAUCCCCGCAUUUACACACGUUCUGUGAGCGACAUGACCACUAAUGAUCAGAGUGAUAUUGACAGUGUACUGGAGGGGAUUUCCUCUCAGCUUGCUCAGAUCGAUAGCAAUAUUGGCGAUGUCCCUGCAUACCUGUCUUAUCCAACAUAAACUGUCAGAAAGGAUUGAAUGGCCAAGAUGUCUUCUUGUUCCAGAUAAAGAAUCCCCAUUCUACAUGUCUGUUUUAAUCUGCUACACACUGUAUAUAUGCGUAAUCUUCACCUGGUGCUGGCAUCAGAGGAUGUUUACAGGAAGUGUCUACUAUAUUUUCCAUAUGUGUGUAUUUUCAAUAUGUUUUAGAAACACAAUUCAAUCACUCCAUCAUGCUUUUUACAAAUUUAUUAUUUUUUAGAAUUUAAAUGGGUAAGAUAAUGUAGUCAUAAAUUUUUUUAAGAGAGUACUAAGAGGGAAAUGGAGGGAAAAUUCUAACCUAUACAUGUUGCAGAAUGAAAUCUUU